GUCAUCUUGCCCUUUCUAAAAAGGGCAAGAUUGGAUCCGAUUAGGCACUUUAAUAGAAUAAAGAUCGACCAUCAACUCAUCACAGCAUUGGUAGAGAGAUGGAGAAAGGAGACACAUCGCUUCAAUUUUCGUGAAGGUGAGUGCACCAUCACACUUAAGGACAUCGCCAUCCUAACCGAUUUGCCCAUUUAUGGCGAUGUUAUUUGUGUGGAAUCUACGCCACCAGCUAAAGUUGUUGCCAAUAUGAGUGGUUAG